GCUGAGCUCGCGGCGCCAUGGCGUCCGGCUGCGCGCCGCCGUUCGGGGACGCGGCGGAGAUGCGGGAGGGCUUCUUGUGCCCGCUGUGCCUGAAGGACUUGCAGGCGUUCCAGCAGCUGCGGGCGCACUACGAGGAGGAGCACUUGGGCGAGGACAGAGACGUCAGAGGCCAGCUCCGAAGUCUUGUCCAGAAGGCCAAGAGAGCAAAGAAGAAAUUGCUGAAACGAGAAGGAGAUGACAGAACUGAUUCUGGAUCUCAGGAACGAUAUGAGUCAUUCAGCUAUGGUGGCAUAGAUCCAUACAUGUGGGAGCCCCAAGAGCUAGGUGCUAUGAGAAGCCAUCUUUCCAAUUUCAAGAAAUACCGAGCAGCCAGGAUUGAUCACUAUGUGGUUGAAGUCAAUAAGUUGUUGAUCAGGUUAGAAAAGCUUACAUCCUUUGACAGAGCAAACACCGAGUCAGCUAAAAUAAGAGCUAUAGAGAAGUCUGUUGUGCCUUGGGUCAAUGACCAGGACGUUCCGUUCUGCCCAGACUGUGGCAAUAAGUUCAGCAUGCGAAACAGGCGUCACCACUGCCGGCUGUGCGGGUCUAUAAUGUGCAAGAGGUGCAUGGAACUUAUCAGUCUUCCCUUGGCAAGCAAACUCACCAGUGCCAGUAAAGAGGCCUUGAGUUCUCACACUAGCCCCAACGCCUCACCUAACAGCGUGCACGGCUCCCGCCGAGGCAGCAUUAGCAGUAUAAGCAGUGUGAGCUCUGUUCUGGAUGAGAAGGAUGAUGACCAAAUCCGUUGCUGUCAGCACUGCAAAGAUACUCUGCUGAAAAGAGAACAACAGAUUGAUGAGAAAGAAUACACUCCAGAGAUUGUGAAACUCUAUGAGAAACUCCGACUCUGCAUGGAGAAGGUUGACCAGAAGGCACCAGAAUACGUAAGGAUGGCAGAAUCUCUGAAUGCUGGGGAGACAACCUACAGUCUGGAACAUGCGAAUGACUUGAGGGUGGAGAUUCAAAAAGUGUACGAACUUAUAGAUGCCCUGAGUAAGAAGAUUCUGAGUCUAGGCUUGCACGAAGAGCCCCAGCCUCAUCCUAAAACACUACAGCUUCAGAGAAUGAUAAGAUACUCGGCUACUCUUUUUGUUCAGGAAAAACUGUUUGGCCUAAUGUCCCUGCCAACCAAAGAUCAAUAUGACGAGCUGAAGAAGAGAAGACUGCAUAUGGCAGCUCUUGAAACGCACAGAAAACAAGACGAGAAGCAGAAAGACUUGACUUACAGAUCUGCAAGUGCAGUUAAUGGUGAUGCAACUCUCCUUAGAAAUGUAACAGUCAAGAAAUCUGAAGGCUGGCUACCUACAUCUAGCGCAGCUCGACAGAGUGAGGUAGCAGACCCACUUCUUCAGCAGAUUGACAACAUCACAUCCUUUAUUAAGCAAGCAAAAGCAGCUGAUCGACUGGAUGAAGUCAGGAUGUUGCAAGAAAACCUGAGGCAACUUCAGGAUGAGUAUGAUCAACAGCAAACUCUAAAAGCUAUUGAGCUUUCUAAAAAACAGGCAGAAGAGGAAGAGAAACAGAGGGAAGAACUUCAGUUCCUUUGUGAAAAAGAGUGGGAAAGAGAACACCACAAAUUCACUUCUCAGCAUUCAAGGACAGGCUCCCUAGAUUUCAGAGAAGGCAAGCAACAUCAGUAUGAAGCUGCGAAAGAGAAUCAGAACUUGUUUGCACAUGGAUUGGGUUUGGAUGUUAAUCAAGUGAAAGGGAAUCGAAGUUUUGAAACUACUGCUGUUCAGCAUCUGCCAGCUAAAGAGUACUUAAUCUUUCCAGUCAGACAUCAGAAUAUUCCACAGAGUGACAAAGACCAAAAUCAGGCAGCCGGUCUAAACCCCUUUGAAGAUGAAGCAGAUACCCCUCUGUCAGAGGAAGAUCCCACUAACCCAUUUGCCAAAGAUGUAUCUCAACCGAUUUCUUUCUUUAACACAGCUCUGCAAAGUGAUAAAAAAGAAUAUAAUCCAUUUGAAAAUGAGGAGGAAGGUGAGCAAACUAGUUCACCUAGAGCAUCUGCCAGUACUUUAAAUCCCUUCGAAGAGGAUGAAAAUCCAUUUCAAAAGUCUGGGAACAAUUGGAAUUCUGGAAAUCCAUUUGAAGAAGGAUCUUCUACCAAUCCCUUUGAAGUGGAGGAUGUCAGUGAGAUCUUAAGAGAGGAGGCUAUAGAGGAGGAACUGCUUCUCCAGCAGAUAGAUAAUAUAAAAGCCUACAUAUUUGAUGCCAAGCAUAGUGGACGAAUGGAUGAGGUGGAGCUACUGACAGAGAACUUGAAAGAACUGAAGUACACGUUAGCAAAACAAAAGGAGAAAUCCAAGUGUUGAAGCAGUAAUCGCCUUGUAAUAGUUAUCUCAAGUUCACUGUUAAGAGAUGGAAGAUGAAGCAGUUAUAAACAGCGCUACAGAUUGCAAGGAAUGGGGAGAAUGUUGUAUUUUAUUUAAUACACGUUCAUUUAUGUAUUCCCAAUGUUACUCAGCCUAGAAGAAAGAAGAUAAGAGGAAUGCUGCUGGUCUUGAACUAAGACACACAUGCUAAGAAAACAUACUAAGAAAAACUUACAAUAACUUGUUACAACCAUCUUAAUACUAAUUUGUCUUACAGUGUGCUUAUUUUGGUCAAAAGGGUUGAGCAGUAAUAGGGAACUGUCACUUUGAAGUGGUUUCAGGGUUGGCUGAGCUGGCUUUUCAAGUGGAGCUUUGACUGGAGAGACAAAAGUGUUUGUAAGAUUUCUGCAUCUUCUGAGAAUGGCACAGUGUAAGUUACAGGCCAGUCUAAUUGUCCUAAGAGAGUUGCAAGAAAGUGCUGUUGAAAGGCUUCUGUUAUUCUUUGAGAUGCAGGAUACAGGUCAAUUUUGUGCAAUAAUACAUAAAAUGGAUUUAAAAACUAUUAGAGACUUCACUGAUCUUAAUAUGAGUAACUUUUAAAAUGUGUUUAUAAGAACUCCUAGGUAGAACUGAGGUGCCACCUCGUCGUUACUUUUAGUUUCCCAGUUGCUCUAGGCACAAACUGCAGUGUAACAGAGGGCCACACUGGCUUCAGAGCUGCGUGUGUGGGAAUGAAUAUGUAGAUGAGUAUACUUUCAGAACAUCAGGCUAGCAUCAUUUCAAGCUGUAGUAUUAAGGGUGACCUUGAAAUUCCUAAUUAUAUUCAGGAACGUGCACAUUCCUUUAUAUUCUCUGUGUUACAGAAUGAUCAUAUUUGUCUUAUCUGAGACUUGAAUCCUCUGUAACGUUUGAAGAACAGAAAUCCUGUUUGCAAUGGAGAGCUAAACUGCCACUGAACUGGAAUUCUGUGAAAGCUGGGCUGUGAUUGUGCCAAAUAUAAGUUCCUAUUUUAUACUUGAUUCUCAUCAGAAGUUACAAGAAUCAGGUAUGUGUGUCUUCAGUAAGCAGGUCCAGAUGGGAAUCUUAGUGUGGACCUCUGCCCACGGCAGUGACUACGUGAAGGCCAGCUCCUGUGGUGCAGGAGGGCUUCUGAAGAUUGGUAUUGUAAAAUCUAGGAUUGUUCAAUGUUAAGUCAGCAUGUAUUUUGCUAAGGACAGUCUGAGCUGCAUUCCCCCUCCCCCCUCCUUUGAGAUGCAGAUGCCCAUCUUCAGACAUUAGCGUUUGAAAAGGUGGUUGGGAGGAGUAAUUAAAAAAGGUGCAUUUAAUUAAAGCUGAAGUGGAGGAUAUCGGGCUGAUCAUACUCUCACACUAAUAGUACUGGACUUAACUGAGAAGGACAAAGUUUUGUGGAGUGGGACAUCUCUUAACUAUGUCUCCAGUAACAUAUGAAUAACAUAGCUGUAUCUGGGACACUAAUUAGUAUUUCAGAAACACAAAUAAUUGUGCUAUUUAAACAGUAGGAACUCUAGAUUUGUUUUCUUUUAAAUAUGUUGGAGGUAUGUACUUCUGUUUAAACAAAACCAACAAACGUACCCUCAGUACCACUGAUAACCGAUCAGAAUAACUCAGUGCAGCAGGACAGUUGUUCUUACUGCAGCCUAAAUCUGAAGUUGAAAGGUGUGCAGAAUGGGUCGUCUGAAGAACUUCAGUUUUUUAUGCCAGUACGUUUUGUUAUUGCUGAGUGAAGUGCUGCUGUGUGCAAAAUGGGCCAACCGUCUGUGCAGCAGAAUUCUGAAAGGUUGUAAACUAGAAUUCUGUGCUCUGGCAUUAGAUUUACAAAGGCAGCAAAAAUUAUCGAUAGCUAAAGUUUAUCCCGAGAAUUGUUCAUUUAAAAAUAAAUAGUACAAGUUAUUCAAGGCAGACUAGUUUGCUAUUCAAGGAGUGCUCCCUGCAUUAUAACCCAAAACUCCUUUUGAUAUCGAGAUGAAAAGAAUAUUUCAGUGGCUUCAGCUCUCCCAUUUAAGAGUGUUUUCCUUGUUGUAACUGUCCUGCACUAUUUGUAUGUUCAGCCUAAUUACACUAAUAAAGUAUCAUUCUGUACAUGUAA